AUUGGUUAGAACAGACAAGUGUUGUAAAUUUUGCUCUGUUAGAACUUUGUCGGUUAAAUUUUGUUGUUAAAGUUGUUGGUGUUUUGAGUGGCCAUUCCGCCCCGUUAGUCAUUGUUUUAAUCAUUGGUUCACAGUAUAGUUUGUCUAGCUUUGAGUGUAAUUUUUCUUUUCAAAAUUUAGAAAAACCAUUUAAAAAAAUCGAUGUAUAAGCGCCAAAUUGUGUGAUCAUUCAAACAGCUGCGUUUUCUGCUGAUCAACUUCUUUUGUUACCAUUCAGAAACAGUUGGUAACUUUAAUGGCCGGACAUUUCAAUGCUUCUCGCAGCUCAAUUGUAUACUUUGACACCAUUCGGCUAACAUUCUAUUCAACCAUUAAAUCAUAUGUAAUAACUGACAACGUCCCCCAUAAUAACUCACAAGUGAAGUGGCUUGAAAAAUGGUACUUCAAAUUAUUUUUAACGCUUUUUCAGAAAUUCGGCCUAGUUUUGGAGCGUUUUAUCAGCAAAGAGCCUCUAUUUUAUGUUAAUUUAAAUUCUAAUCUAUUCUUUCUCUCAGGUGAGGCGACUUCGAUUUUAUUUGAAAAAAAAAAUCAAGUAUUUAUAACAUUUUGUAGAAUUGUUUGCUCAUAGAUUGUAAUCAAAUAGGAGGAGUUUAUUUACCAUCAUCCAUCAUCGAGGAGCCUAACAUAAACAAAAGAUUCGGUUCUGCUGUUACAAUUACUGUCGCCAGCUAGUUGUCCUCGCCAAAACAGCCGUCAAUUUAGGAAAACAUCAAAUGUGUGAUCUCGCGUUGCUAUCCGUACUACAAUAGACUCCAAAGGUUCAAUUACCGACUACAGAACGGAUGCUGAUCAUAGUCACCAUAAUUCAUGGCUUAGUAAAUUUACUAUUCAUAAAGAUGUUAGGUCUUCUUUCAAACUCCAGUGAAGCGCGAAAGCAUUAUAACUGUUUUAUUACUGCAAAUUGUCUCGAUUAAAGACUCCGUGAAUGAACUUAGCAAUCCUUCAGUCUCUCUUGAAAUUUCGUCAAUUCCAGUUUUGGUGAUAGCUGAAAUUAUUCAGAAAAUUCACAGGCGACGGUGGAUUUGAGUUCGAGCCAAAAGCAGCCAGAAACAGCUUUGACAGCCAUAGGAACCUCUAGUCAAUUUACAAACUACUUGGCCCUAUAACCAAGGGUUUUGGGUUUACCAGUUUUUACCAGUUUAUGAAUUAUUAACAGCUACCCUUUCAAUGCUGGUUUUUGGAACAAAUCUGCAAAAUUCCUUGGAAUAGAGUUGUAUGCGUGUUCGUUUCAAAUUGCCUUCAAAUUGCACUUUCAGUUUCUGUUUAUUUGAAAUGAGGAAUUUGACUUCUACCUCCUUACUUUUAUAGUGCAGAAUUGUUGUCUCUAUAUACAGAGUGAAUGUUUUUGUUGGAUUUUAUCUGCUGAAAAUCUGCAAAAUUUAUCGACUGAAAAAACCCGCAGUAAAAUAGCCCAAAAUGAGUCUUGAAGAUUUGUUCAUCUCUGUCUGCGAUAAAUGCGAAAAGGAUAUUUUUGGCGCCGCAGUGCACGAGGAUUCUCUCUCGUUCCACGAAGCAUGUUUCGUGUGCGACCACAACUCUACUGUCCAAUCACACACUGGGUCCCCCUGUGGGGCGAGACUGAACGAGGGCGAGUAUUUCUCAGUCGGGGGAGAGAGGUUCUGUCGGACUUGUUACGAGAGAGAUCUAGCUGCUGUGUGCUACAAAUGCGCAUGCAAAAUCAUAGGCUGUAAGCGGGUGGAUCUUCCAAACAGUGGCCGAUUCUUCCACAAAGACUGUUUCAAAUGCGUCGACUGUUGGACUGAAAUUGGCCUGGACAAUGAGUACACCAUAGUACCAUCUGACUCACGGAACGAGGAAAGAGAAAGCGUGGAAGAUGACGAAUAUAUUUGUAGAUCCUGUUUUUGCUGUAGGUUCCCGCAGAGGUUGUGCUACCAGUGUGAAGAGUUAAUAGCAGGAGGUCAUACAGUUCAAGAUGCAGACGGACACUUCCACCAUCUGGAGUGCUUUGUCUGCUGGAGGUGCCAGAUACCCCUAGGCCAGUCAACCCAGUCACGUGAUGAUGGUGAAUCUACUUCUGGUGCAUAUGUGGAGUAUGGGGGCAACUUCUACUGUCCACAAUGCUACAAUGGCAACUUGAUACCUGGAUGCGCAUUGUGUAGUCUCAGCAUUGAGGCUGACGGUGCGCAGAUAAUGUACAAGGAUGAGAUAUUCUGUGAGCGUUGCUUCCGAUGUUCCAAGUGCAACACAGACUUAUCUCGCUCGGAGUUCCUCGAUACCUCCGACACAUUUGACGGGGAAACACUGGAAAUAGAAUGUGCCGAAAAAGACGAAGAGGGCAACUGUCUGUCUUAGCUCUGACACGUUGAACCCAAAAACAAGGACUAACUUAUUGAAACAUUCAUAAACCUAAAAUAUGAAUUGAAAUAUAGUUCAUUAUGUUAAGCUGAUUAUAUAGUGAUUAGUUUGAUGGCAAUCGUUCUUAAGACAAUACGUGAAUACAAAAU